AUGUCUACAGCGGCUGCAGGAUACAGGACGGAGAGGGCUAUCAGCAUACAGGAAGAGUUUAAGGCUUUGACUGUUUAUGACAAGAUUAAAGAGACUUUCAAGAAAGUGGAUUGCAUUCGUUUUAUUCCGCAUCGACAGAAAUCCCCAGCCUAUUGUCAGUGCGGUCUAUUGAGAGAUCACCACAUACCAGAGUGUGUGGAUGGCGGUCCAGACGAGGUAUGGGACCCUGAUGACGGUAACUACACCAGGCACUCCCCAACCGAUGCCUUCGGGGAACUAGAGUUCCAGGGAGUAUGGACAUCGACCAGAGCAAAGUAUAUCCGAGUUGCCCACGAUACUCCCGAGUCAGACAUCUUACAUCUUCUGACUGAUAUUUGGAAUCUACCUCUGCCUAAACUCAUUAUUGAAGUGACUGGAGGAGCUAAAGACUUCGUCUUACAACCCAAGCUACGACGUGUCUUCCGUAAGGGUAUCGUUAAGGUAGCCGAGUCAACAGAUGCUUGGAUUCUGACUGGGGGAACCAAUACAGGCGUAAUGAAACACGUUGGCAAGGCACUUCGAGAGCACACACUACGAUCCAAACACAAGAUUCAUGCGAUUGGUGUUGUGUCUUGGGGCAUCGUAGUUGGUAACAGCGAGCUUCAAGAAAGGGAAAAGAAACAACAUGCUCGUGUACGACAUUACCGCAUGACAAGCUCGAUGGAAAGUAACAGGGCGUGUCUAGAUCCAAACCACACCCAUUUCAUUCUAGUUGAUAAUGGAACAACGGAAAAGUUUGGUGUAGAGAUUGCCUUGCGGUCCCGUCUUGAAAAACUUGUAUCCAUGCGUAAAAUGGACCCCACGGCUAGCUACCACAUUCCUGCUGUGUGUCUGGUCCUAGAGGGCGGGCUAAACACCAUCCGAGUGGUACUAGAAAACAUAACUAAAGACCCAGCUAUACCUGUAGUGAUUGCUGAUGGAAGUGGAAGAGGGGCGGAUCUUAUUGCCUACGCUUACUCCAAGUCAGACAGAGAGGGAAUUAUUCCACCAGAACAUGAAAAGCAAUUACGGGAAAAGAUAGCAGACACAUUCCCAAAGGAUGCGAUUAGAUAUGACAGUUUGUACGACGACCUUUCUGAAGCUAUGAAACAGAAAAACUUGAUUACCAUAUACCGAGUAGAGGAAGAAGUGGACAUAGAUUACGCAAUUCUUAAUGCACUAAUGAAAGCUAGCAACCUCUCCCAGCCAGAUCAACUUAAACUAUCUCUCAUGUGGAACAGAGUCGAUCUAGCCAAGGAAAAGAUAUUCAACCGCAAACUCUUUUUGGAUGAUAGAUCUCUGGAGGAGGCAAUGGUGGUGGCACUAGUCCGCAACAGAGUGGAAUUUGUGAAGCUGUUGCUGGAGACUGGUUUCAACAUGAAGGAAUUUGUGACUGAUAGGAGACUGGAACACUUGUACAACUCCAUCCAGAACAUGGGCGAGUCAGAGCCCUGCCCUUCACUUGGUGUGCUUUACCAACAAGCUGACGUCAUACUCCCCAAGAAUGACAAUGGCUGUCAUACAUUCAUGAAGAAGAAUAUUGAUCAAGUCAUUCAGUAUCUUCUGGGUAAAGGGUUUACCUUCAGUGACUCGUCUAACAGUGAGGAAGGAAGAGACAGGUGUAGCAAUUGUUGCUCAUGCUUCAGUUGUCUUAAAACAAAGGAGAUUGAUGAAUCAAGUAGCGGUGGAUUUGGAGAAUCCGACAAGUAUCCUUUCAACGAUCUGUUUCUCUGGGCCAUCCUGACUAAGAAGUUUGCAAUCGCAAGGUUGAUGUGGCAACGAGGUAGAGGAACCCUGGCAAAGGCACUGGUCGGUGGAAGACUGUGCUACAGGAUGGCCAACGUUGCUAAGAAGAAAUACAAUACUGAUGCUGUUGAUAGACUAAUGGAAGAAACAAAGUGGUACAAUAACUUAGCCGUGGAGCUACUCAGCCAGUGUUUCCAGGAAGAUGCAACUUAUACAUGCGAGCUUCUUUGUGCCCAGUUGAAGAACUGGAGUGAGCAGACUUGCUUAUCAUUGGCUGCAUCUUACAACCAUUCUCGGUUCAUAGCUCAUCCUAGUAUACAGUUCUUACUGAAUGACCAAUGGUACGGGGCUUUCAGUAAAAUAUCAACUUUAAAGGAACUUGAUGAUUUUCUUUUCCCAACGGAUAAGUCCAGAGAAGAUGCCAUGGAUUCCUGUUCCCAUUCUGUUACUAAUAAAAAUGGAACCGGGAACAUAAACUUUGAUCGCUCAUUUUCGAUGGAAAGUGACACAGGGAAAUCUUCAAGCUUGAGACGAAGGACUAGUGUGAUUAGUUUGGGAUCACUUGGUUCAGGCAUCGGGACACUACACAGGAGGUUAGCGUUUGUUACUAGGGAAGCAGAAGAUCUCUCAGAAAAAUCAUUCUUUGAGAAAAGUCGACUUCUCCUGGUUGCACCAAUCGUCAAGUUCUGGAUCAAUACGAUCUUCUACUUCUUGUUCCUGAUGAUGUUCAGCUUUGUGGUUUUAGUGGAUCUACAAGGAGAUAUCAUGAUGAUAGAAUGGGCAGUAACGUGUACAAUCUUCACUCUAGCCACAGAAGAAUUACGACAGUUAAUGAUGAUGGGUGAACAUGGUCGCACAACUCUCUGGCAGAAAAUGAAGAUGUGGGCAUCUGAUAAGUGGAACAUUUGGGAUCUAAUUGGUGUUCUUCUCUACAUUCCGGGUUUCGUCUUGCGUCUGUGUUCAGUAGCAGGAAUCGUUCCUGCUGAGGAACCCUACGCGAGGAUAUUAUUCAGUUUGGAUGUAAUGGUGUGGUACAUCAGACUGUUGGAUGUUUGCAGUGUCAACAACGUCAUAGGUCCAUACGUCAAUAUGAUCGGAAGGAUGAUACGUGACUUAGCUUACUUCAUGGUGAUCUUGCUUGUAUUUGUGGUUAGCUACGGUGUAGCAAGACAAGCUAUCAUCAGUCCACGAUCAAAAUGGAAAUGGUCUAUUCUUGGCGAGAUAUUCUUUCUCCCAUACUGGCAGGUUUAUGGUGAACUCUUCCCAGAUGAUAACUUCCCAAGUGAAGUCAACGAUCCAAGUUUACUGGGCUACUCCAUUGUGACAAUGAUCAUGGUCAUCUUCCUCAUGAUAUCAAACGUGCUUCUUCUUAAUCUACUGAUUGCAAAAUUCAACAACACUUUCAAUCGAGUUCACGACAAUGCGAGUGAGAUUUGGAAGUUUGAACGUUAUCGUCUUAUUAUGGAGUACAGCCAGAAGCCUUUCCUCCCACCGCCAUUUACCAUCGUUAUCCAUAUCAUUUUACUUAUACGUAAAUUGCUCAACUGCUGCAGAGCACACGUGGAAGCUCCCGUAGGGCUCGGUGAAUACCCCAUGCAGCGUCUUUAUAACUUUGAAGAGGAGUGCACUGAGAAUUACUUGAGACAACAGGCCUUAAAGGAGCAGUAUUCAGUAAACAACAGAGUACAACGUAUUUCAGAAAGAGUGGAUUCUUACGGGAAUAUUCUUGAGGAGCAACACCAGCCCAUUAUCAAUAAUAGAGACUUCUUAAAGAAGUUAAGUGAGAGAGUGGAUAGUAUUGAUAAGUCACUGCAGCACAUUGUGGAACACUUAAAGACAGGAGGGAGCAGUGACCACAAGAUAGAGCAUGAACAACAUACUUCUUGAUUAUUGUCUUGAACCAUUUCAGCUUAUUUACAGAUUACCAUACGUAAGUAAAAGAGAGAUGUGUCUGCCUGUAACAAUUGAUGUAGAUAUGAAGUCCCUCAUAAACCUGUGGUGUCAUGUACCACUGGAGAUUAUUUUCCCUUUGGGAAAUUUAUGAAAUAGGGCCUAAUGUGGGCUGAAGGAGGACGAUUUAACAGAGGGCGCUAUGUUAAGAAGUAUGUGCGCAGUCCGCCAAAAAAGGGGUGGGGGGGGGGGGGAGAUGACACACAUUAUACCUCAGGGAGAAUCUAUUGCAACACCUGGCUUCAUUCACAAUUGUACAAAACAUCUUUCGCACAACACCUUGUUUAACCCAGAUAGUUUUUGUAUUCUGGUGUUUGGAAAUACAAGUCGCUCAUUGCCAGGACCAUGCACUUUGGCCACAAAUCUUUUAAAACAUUGAGAAAGGAAAAGUUAGUUUGCUUUUACUCACCAUCAGUCUCAAUUGUAACUGGCAUGCUGUAAACUGAAAUCAACAAGAAAAGAGAAACAUAAAUCGAGCUGGCAAUUACAUUAGCUGUAUCCAAGGUGGAUUAAAAAUCUAAUUUGAAUCAAUUAAGUUGACAGAAACAUUGAAUAAUGCAUGUCUGCACUUAUCCUUUGGUGGAAAUACAAAGCUGGAGAUUUGUGUAAAGUGUAAUGGAAGUAAAAGAACCCAGAACAUUUUUAUCAAAAGAUGUUUCUGAAAUGUUUCCGAAAUGCUGGCUGUACUUUGCGCUCCCCCAUUGUUGAAUUUGAUUAUUCAUAUUUAUUUUUAUGUAUUUCUGCUUUACCCCUGGGAAAAAUCUCAGAAAAACACUGUUUUUCAGAGGUGCCCAGCAACUAC